CGAGCGGGUCUCGGGGCGGGGCCGGGGGCGCGGCUAAAUGCGGAGGGAAGGUUCUCCUGUCACUCACAGGUCGCUGCUGUUCCACUGCCACCAAGUUCACUGAACUGCGAAGGUCAUGCUGCCCAACACCGGGAAGCUAGCGGGAUGCACAGUCUUUAUCACAGGGGCGAGCCGAGGCAUCGGCAAAGCUAUUGCCCUGAAAGCAGCAAAGGAUGGAGCCAACAUCGUCAUUGCUGCAAAGACCACCCAAAGGCACCCGAAACUCCUUGGCACUAUCUACACGGCUGCCGAAGAAAUUGAAGCAGCUGGAGGGAAGGCCUUGCCAUGUGUUGUUGACGUGAGGGACGAGCAGCAAAUCAACAGUGCAGUGGAGAAAGCUGUGGAGAGAUUUGGAGGAAUUGAUAUUUUGGUGAACAAUGCCAGUGCUAUUAGCCUGACCAACACAUUGGAAACUCCGACAAAGAGAGUGGACUUGAUGAUGAGCGUGAACACCAGGGGCACCUACCUUACAUCCAAAGCAUGUAUUCCCUUUUUAAAAAAGAGCAAAGUAGCUCACAUUCUCAAUCUCAGCCCACCCUUGAACCUGAAUCCCAUGUGGUUCAAACAGCACUGCGCGUACACCAUUGCCAAAUACGGCAUGUCUAUGUGUGUGCUUGGAAUGGCAGAAGAAUUUAGAGGUGAAAUUGCAGUCAAUGCCUUAUGGCCUAGAACAGCCAUACACACUGCUGCUAUGGAUAUGCUGGGAGGAGCUGGUGUUGAAAGCCAAUGUAGAAAAGUUGACAUCAUUGCGGAUGCUGCGUAUUCCAUUUUCAAAAGGCCAAAAAGUUUUACUGGCAACUUUAUUAUUGAUGAAAAUAUCUUAAAAGAAGAAGGAAUAAAGGAUUUUGAUAUCUAUGCAAUUACACCAGGUCACCCCUUGUUACCAGAUUUCUUCUUAGACGAACACCCAGAUGCAGUUAUGGAGGAAAAAGAAUCCUAUGACCCUGUGCCAGAAGUGAAAGAAGAGAAGCUGCAGUUGCAGGAGCAGCCACAGCUGCAGGAGCAGCCACAACUGCAGGAGAAGCCACAGCUGCAGGAGCAGCCACAGCUGCAGGAGAAGCCACAGCUGCAGGAGCAGCCACAGCUGCAGGAGCAGCCACAGCUGCAGGAGCAGCCACAGCAGCAGCCACAGCUGCAGGAGCAGCCACAGCUGCAGGAGAAGCCACAGCUGCAGGAGCAGCCACAGCAGCAGGAGAAGCCACAGCCACAGCAGCAGCCACAGCAGCAGCCACAGCAGCGGCCACAGCAGCGGCCACAGCCACAGCCACAGCCACAGCCACUGCUGCAGUCAGUGCUACCACCAAAACCACACUUUGGAGCUGUAGAAGAGACAUUUAGAAUUGUUAAGGAUUCUCUCAGUGAUGAAGUUGUUAGAGCCACACAAGCUGUCUAUCAGUUUGAACUCUCAGGUGAAGAUGGGGGCACGUGGUUUCUGGAUCUGAAGAGUAAAGGCGGGAAGGUUGGACAUGGAGAGCCCUCUGACCGGGCAGACGUAGUGAUGAGUAUGGCCACUGAAGAUUUUGUCAAAAUGUUUUCAGGGAAGUUAAAGCCAACCAUGGCAUUUAUGUCAGGAAAGUUGAAGAUUAAAGGAAACAUAGCCCUAGCAAUCAAAUUGGAGAAGCUAAUGACCCACAUGAAUUCCAGACUGUGAAGGACAAGAAGUAACAAUGUUGACUGUUCUCCUUAGAAGUAAGAAGCUCAGCAGUUAAAAAUCUGUUGUCUCCCCCACUGUCUUUAAGGACAUAUAUGUUUGUUCUGGAAAAAAAGUAGAAUUCUGUAUCUAUAAGACUUGAAAUUGUAACUAAAACAACUAGCCAAUCAAGUACGAGUUUAAUUAAGUGACAUCCUACUACAUUGUGGUUUUUCCCCAAUUUCCCCUCUAUGCCUUUAUUUCAUUCAUUGCCUUCUUGCAGAAAAGUAUGUAUCAUGAACAACCAAUUGGUAUCAAGGAAUAAAAUUAGCUGUUUACAAAA